AUGGAGGCGACUAAUCGAGUGCCGCUGUCGGAACUGGGGCUCUCCGAAAAGGAGAUCUACACUCUUUGUGCCAGAUUUGCUCCUAUCGCUGCCAAGCACUGUUACGGUUCAAAAGUCGAAGAACAGUUUCUGGAGAAGUGCCGUGGUUACGAUCAGGAUUGCGCUCAAUUCCAAGCUAAG